UCCAUAUCCAUUUUCACCUCCACUCCUUCUCCCUCUACCCUCAAUUUAACCCACUUUCUCUCUCUUCCUCUCUCUUCAUUCAGUUCGUUUCGUCUUCUCCAACCAUUAAUUGCGCCUCUUCCUUUCUCCGAACUCACUCACUCGUCACAAUUCCAUACUUACUGCAGGAACUGGAAUUGCAAUUCUCAACGAAUCGAGCUCUGAAUUUCAAUGGCGGACACAAUGGCGGAGGAGAAUGUGAGUAUGAAGAGAAGCUUCGCCGAAUGUCCUGUACCAUGCCCGAAGAAGAAACGGGUGGUUUCUAAAGACGACAUUGACGAAUGUCGUUUCACCGGAAAUCCCGUACCUGUUCAACAAGCGAAAGAACAAUGGCCUCAUCGUUACCUUUGUAAGGCUAAAGAGGCAAAUGCAGCAAGCUUUAAAAUAGAAUGGAAUUGUGAGGAAAUUUUGCAAGCUUCUAAUCACUACACUCAAGCUCUUGUUGAUGGGAUUAUAAUUAAACUUCAUGAUGAUGUUUACAUUCAGGGAGAUGAAGGAAAACCAAACUAUAUUGCAAAAAUAGUCGAAUUCUUCGAGGGUAUAGACAAGAAGCAAUACCUUACAGCUCAAUGGUUUUAUAGAGCUGAUGAUUCUGUCAUUAAAGAUCAUGCGAACUUCAUAGACAAGAAACAAGUGUUUUUCUCUGAUGUCAAAGAUGACAAUGAACUUGGUUGCAUUGUUGAAAAAGUGAAAAUUGACAUCAACCCUUCAGAUGUUGGUGCAGAUAAGCCUAAUGAGUAUCUAUAUUGUAAAAUGCGAUAUAGAUUGCCAUAUUUGACAUUUGAAAAUAUGGUUCAAGAUGAGCAAAAUGAAGGAACUGGUAGUGAUACUUCAUCAACUAUUUCAAGUGAUCACAGUUCAAAUGAAGCUGUUGAUGAUGAUUCUAGUACUGCGAAAAAAGAAUUCAGUUUAUUGGAUUUAUAUUCCGGUUGUGGAGCUAUGUCUACAGGGCUAUGCUUAGGUGCAACCUUAUCCGGCAUAAAACUAGUAAAUAGAUGGGCGGUUGAUUUGAACGAAUAUGCUUGCGAAUCCAUACGGAACAACCAUCCUGAAACAAAGGUGAGAAAUGAGAUGGCUGGGGAUUUCCUAGCCUUGUUAAUGGAAUGGGAAAAGCUUUGCAAUGAAUAUGUGUUGUCACCUGCACCCCCCUCAGAGGUGACAAAUUCCGAGGAAGAGGAAGAAGAAGAUGAUGAUUCUCCAUUAGAACCCGGAGAAUUUGAGGUUGAGAAUAUCCUUGACAUUUGCUUUGGAGAUCCUAAUUAUAUGAAAAAACGCGGACUUUACUUCAAGGUAAGCUGGAAGGGGUAUACAUCAGAGUAUGAUACAUGGGAGCCUAUUGAUGGCUUAAGUGGCUCUGAGGAACGGAUCAAAGAGUUUGUUUCAAGAGGAUACAACGAAAAACUGUUGCCUCUUCCAGGGGAUGCUGAUUUCAUCUGCGGGGGACCUCCAUGUCAAGGGAUUAGUGGAUUCAACCGCUUUAGAAAUACAGUAAACCCUUUGAAUGACGAGAAGAACCAACAACUUGUGGUGUAUAUGGACAUCAUUAACUUUUUAAAGCCCAAGUAUGUAUUAAUGGAGAACGUUGUGGAUUUACUGAGGUUCGCUGGAGGUUUCUUGGGGCGGUAUGCUGUUGGUAGACUCAUUGGUAUGAACUACCAAACACGGAUGGGGAUCAUGGCAGCUGGAUCAUAUGGCCUUCCCCAAUAUAGAAUGCGAGUGUUUUUGUGGGGCGCCCACACUUCACAGAAACUUCCACAGUUUCCUCUACCUACUCAUGAAGUGAUUGCAAGAGGCGGGGUUCCUGUAGAGUUCUCGGACAUUCAUGUUUCGCAUGGAAAAAACAGUUCUGUUAAGCUAGAGAGGGCUCUCUUAUUGAAGGAUGCUAUCUCAGAUUUACCUUCUGUAACGAAUGGUGAAGAUAGAGAAGAAAUGGACUACGAGGGAGAUUCUCAAUCAGAAUUUCAACAGUACAUCAGACUGCCAAGAGCGCAGAUGGUAUCCUUCAACGAUACACAUGUAGUUUCAAGUUUUCCUACAAACAACAUCCUUUACGACCACAACCCACUGCGAUUGAACGAUGAUGACUUUGAGAGAGUGUGCCGCAUCCCAAAAGAGAAGGGAGCAAAUUUUAGAAACUUGCCUGGAGUUCUAGUUGAUGCAAAGAACAAGGUGUACUUGGAUCCUUCUAUGGAAAGAGUGCUCAUUAGUUCAGGGAAGCCUUUGGUGCCUGACUAUGCAAUCACAUUUGUUCGCGGCACUUCUUCAAAACCAUUUGGUAGGUUGUGGUGGGAUGAGACUGUUGCCACUGUUGUUACCCGAGCAGAACCUCAUAACCAGAUUGUCCUGCAUCCUCAGCAGGAUAGAGUGCUUACUAUCAGAGAAAAUGCUAGGCUACAAGGUUUUCUUGAUUGCUACAAACUCUAUGGUCCUGUCAAAGAGAGGUACAUACAAGUGGGCAAUGCUGUAGCGGUACCGGUUGCUACUGCUCUUGGUUACGCGUUCGGCAUGGCAAGCCAACGACUUGGGGAUGAACAGCCAUUGAUGACACUUCCUUUUAAGUUUCCACAUUGUUUAGCUCUUAAUCAACAUUGAGAUGAUUAUCAUUAGAAUUAUCAGAUUAUCAUUAGAAUUAUCAAGCAGGAAACAUGAGUGUAAUUUUAUGAAAACAUUAGUGGUGAUUCAAAUUGAUCAUUAGGGAAACAUUGAUUAAGAAAUGUGAUUUCCUCUUUAAUUUA